CCUCCUCUCCACCCCUUCUAUCUAUCGCUGCUGCCAGCCUCCAAAAAAGAGCGUAUCCGUGAACAGUGCUGGCACUAUAUAGAAGACGGUAAGGUACAUAUAUGCUGAGAAUUCACGGUGGAUUUCCCUGACCAGGACCACUACUGAGCGACAGAGCCGACCAUGGAAGAACUUACGGCAUUCGUGUCGAAAUCUUUCGAUCAGAAAACCAAGGAGAGCAGCAAAGAGAGUAUCACGUACAGGGAAGUUUUGGAGAGCGGCUUGUCAAGGGCGAGGGAGCUGGGCAGCCCGGAGACAAACCUGCAGGACAUAACGGAGGGCAACCACUGCCCGGUGCAUCUGUUCAAGGACCAUGUCGAGCUGGAAAAGGAAAAACUGAAGGACUUUAAUGUUUCGAGGUCGACAGAGGGGAUAUACGAGUGUAAGGAGAAAAAGGAGGACGUGAAGUCGGAGGACGAGGAUGCACAGGGCAAACUGAAGCAGCGGAGGAGUCGCACUAACUUCACCUUGGAGCAGCUCAACGAGCUGGAGCGGCUCUUCGACGAGACGCACUACCCGGACGCCUUCAUGAGAGAGGAGCUGAGCCAGCGGCUGGGACUGUCCGAGGCCAGAGUGCAGGUCUGGUUCCAGAACAGAAGAGCAAAAUGUCGAAAACAAGAAAACCAGAUGCACAAAGGUGUUAUUCUGGGCAGCGGCAGUCACCUCGACGCAUGCAGAGUAGCACCCUAUGUCAAUAUGGGCGCCCUCCGGAUGCCCUUCCAACAGGUCCAAGCCCAGCUCCAGUUGGAUGGGGUCACCCACUCCCACCCCCACCUGCAUCCUCACCUGGCCGCUCACGCUCCCUACCUGAUGUUCCCGCCCCCUCCCUUCGGACUACCAAUAGCAUCGCUCGCCGACUCGGCCUCUGCAGCGGCGGCGGUGGCGGCGGCUGCCAAAAGCAACAGCAAGAACUCGAGCAUCGCCGACCUGCGACUCAAGGCAGGACUUCUGCGGGGCCAGUGGCUCAGUCCACUCCAGGCACAGAUCACAUCCCAAGGACCAUACAAACACAUGUGGAUGUCUGUCUGAGGGCCAGGCCGGGGCCCGUCAGACCAGAAGACGUUAGAACAAAGCAAACUGGCAGGGCAGCAGCAGGGCCAAAAAGCAGGGCCUCGCUGACGCUGGCUGCCGCCAUGUUGACAAUGCAGAGGGUUGAGCAUGGGGGGGAGGGAAGACCCAAACACCACCUCACCGAGGCAUUGGAACGGCUCUCACCUUUACACCCCUGCCGACCCUCCGCCCCCCCACCCCCUCUUCCGCCCCCACCCUCACUAGAAAAAUGAAGAAAAAAGAAAACAUUAAAAAAAAAAGGCCAUGUUUGUCUCCAACCACUGUGUUCCCUGCUGCUGCCAACUGCAUGAGCUCUAAUGGAGGACCGUUCUGGGACUGGCCUCCAUACACACCUGACAUAAACGCUCCACAACUUUUUUAACACUGCCAUUCUACAUGCCCACGACCCCCCGCCCCUGUCCCCCCACACCUUCAAAGAGAAAGGUCUCCAUUACGGUUUGCUAUCCUUCUUCUUAUGGACUUGUGCUAUAACAAAAGCAACAACUCAUUUUUCCUUUGCUGCGGAGGGGAGAGAUGUUACUCUGCGUUGCUGGGCAUGUGUCGGCGAGACUUGGUUUGCAUUAUCUCCUCACAGCGUGCUCUCUCUCUCUCUGUCUUUAUUUCUUUCUGUUUGUUGUGUUGUAUCCUGGGUAAAGAAGUGAAGAUAGCCUUUGCACUUCAGGUCUCGUAUGUGGGUGUUUACAAAUGGCACUACAAGCAGAUACUACUUUACUAAUUAAAAGGGGGAGGGGGAUUUGAUAUUGUCAUGUGAUCAGCAAAAAGGACAUUAUCUUUGGAUAAAGGGUAUAAAUGCGUUUUUUUUUCUUCUCUUUUUUUGUAAUUCUGAAAAUAAGAAGAAAGCAUCAGUCAAACUGAAAUGCAAUGGUGUGCAGUUUAAGUGCAAUACUGUAAAUAGCAAAAAAGUAAAAACAGCUAGCAGUUAAUCCUCAACGAUAAAGAGACCCAAUGAUUUCUUUCUGUUGUUUUUUCAUGCACUGUCGGAGUGUUGAAUUUCUUUGCCAAACACACCAGUUUUUCUACAGCAGUGUAUAUUUUAUUGAGUUCAAGAGAAGUCACUCAUUACCAGGUGCCAUAUCCCACCUCCUGUGUAUUCAAGCAGUUUUGUAUACAUCAGGUACAGUUAUCACUUGUUGAGAAGGACGAGCACAUUUUUGGAUGCAACAGAAAUUAGGGUUGGGUUCUAAAUAAUUAAAUAAAAAAUCUCCUCCAUCUACAUUACAAAAAUCAAUUUAAGUUUGGAUAUUGGGAAAUGUUCAGAAUAAAAUCAUCAAAUCAGUAUUGUAAACCAAGCCAAGCAGUUGUUUACAAUAUGAUUAGCUUAAUUCUGCAUGUUAUGCGUGGCAUUUCACCAUUAAUUUCCAAGUAAUUCAGACUGUUGUCUUGAACUAAUUGUUCCGGACAACAACAGAACAUUUGGAUUGUUUUGGAAUUCAAAAAUUAUUUUGACCUUUUAAACACUGCUGUCAGAGCUGCGCCAAACAUGUAGAUCUGUUUAAGAUCUUUGUACCUCUAACAGUCUCCAAAAAACAUUUUCUCUGUUAACAGACCUCCAUUUAGAAUUGUUUAUCUAUGUCUCCAUUUUAAAUUAAACAUAUUGGUGUUUUAUUUAUUAUUUUGUCUGAAAGUUUAUGAAAGAUGAAAUAGUUGAACUACAAGUGUACAUUUUUACAUGGCUUUGCAUUUAUUUUUGUAUGUUUUUUUAAGUGUUGAAUUUGAAUUAGGAGGUGUGGCUGUAGUGCAUUGUUUGCCUAAAAAAAAAAAAAAAAAUGUAGCGUGUCCGAGUUUACAAACAUUUCAGGGAUGGUUGAACUGAACAAUACUCCAUGGAAUUUGUUGUACCCAUUAAAAAUGAUUAUCAUUUCAUAUGCAAGCAUGCCUAAACAUGAAUCAUCGUACAGUUUGUUUUCCCCCUUUUGAUUCACAAAAU